GAAAGGAGUGGAGAUUAAACGACCAAUGCCGACGACGAUAGCCGUAGCGCCAUUCGAGGACUAGAACGGAUGCAGACUGCUGAAAGUGACACCGCUUCACGCUGACUGGGUGUGAAUCCGGACGUGACGGAGGGUGGACGAGACGAUGACGGAUCAUCCCAUGGAUAGCAUUCUUCCACUCUCUGAGGUACGCAUGGAUGACACUGUGUGAAUGCGCCAUGUGUAUUGCUUUGCUUCUCUCCUCCUUUGAAUGCAUGGCAGCGGACGGUGACUCCCCGCCGCUCGCGUCAGAGCGACUCCCCGUUCCGCACGCCACACCGACGCCCUCCCUCCUCACCAGAGUUCUUCACACCCAUGUCCACCAUCAAGGUCGGACCUCCCAGGACCUCACAACGCGGCAGCUCAGCUGACGGCGACCAGAGUGCCAGCCAUGACUCAGCUUCCGGCAACGGGACCGUCCCGUCGGCUCCAGAGAGUCCUUUGGAGGAUGCUGUGUCGCCGCUUCCCAAUGGCGUGGGUGCGACAUCACCCAAGUCCGCAGGCGAUGACGGACACGUCAGCAAUGGGGACUUCGGGAGCAGCGCGUCGCGGCGGCGUUCGUCCAAGCAACCGCCGGUUGAUGACCCUGUGAUCGACCAGGUCGAGCGAGAUUUGGGUCUGGACAUCGGCGCUGACGGCCUCCCGCUGGCUGCGAGGCGGAAAUCGUCGAUUCCCCCUGUCAUUGUCGUCCACGAGCAGGCUAGGGACACUGCCGCACCACCGGAGGCCGACGACGAGCACUACCUGACCGUCCGCAUCCCCCUGCCGCGUGACGGCGCCCCCCAGUUCUUCAAUCUAUCUGAAGGCCACUCACCCAGCUCUAACCCCACCCCGGACUCGCCCCACGGCGACCCGUGCGUCUUGUCGAGGGCUGCGGCGGCGCUGGCGAGUGUGAGGGAAGAGGGGGAAGGGGAGAAUGAUUAUGUGCAAAGGGGGGAGGACGGGAGGGGUGAUGUGGAGGGUGUUGAGGGAAUAAUGGAGAGGGGCUCGUCAGUCGAAGGGCAGUUAUCAGAGAUGAGGACCUCGAUGGAGGUGAGGUGGCCGUCUGACUGAGGGCUCGGCUUAUGCACGGCUCGGCUUAUGCACGGCUCGGCUUGUGUCGUGGUUUGUUUUGUGUCUGUCUGUGUCUGUCUUUCUCUCUGAAUGUUAUGUAUGUCAGCGUAUGUGGAAUCAGAUGGAGGCGUAUAAGAAGGCCAACCAGAGCCUCAGGCACUCGAUACACGACCUCCUCCAGGAACGAAACCUUUUACACGUCAGUCACUCAAGACACAUACACACACAUACACACCACCCACUCACGUGUCCUUUCCCUCGACCUUCCCACUUGCAGAAGAUCGUCCUUCAGCUGCACAGUGACUCGCCGUCCACUGUGAGUGCGCCGAGGCGUGCCAACACCAUGCCCGUGACAUCAUCCGACGACGCAGCGCAGCCUCCGCUGCGUUCUGCCCGCUCCCAUGAGGGGCCGGACCUCUCCCCGCCCAUCUCGGCGAGAGUGGCCGACCUCAGCGGGCGGAUCAAUGCCGAACAGGUGACUGACGUAGAUGAGAUGAGAGGCGCAUCCGUGUUGUUGCUAAACAUGUCCCUUCUGCUCUUCUUCUCCUGUCUCAUGUGUGGUGGGUCCCCUCCAGGGUGUGGGCAGUGGUCGUGUGGAGGACCGGGAUGUGUUCGACGCUCUGGUGGAGGGUUCGCGGCAGUUCAUGGCGGCAUCUUCCUCGAGUGACCUUGAGGGCAUCUACCGGAUCGCUAUGGGCGCAGCGCCGCAACAGGUACACAGACAGACAGACAGACAGUGACACAUUCGUCACGACACAGUGUACCUCUGUCGUUCCAUGCAGCAGUGGCUUGACAUUGUGAGUGGCCCCAAACCGUCCAGAGACAAGUGAGAGAGCCCACGAGGACCCUUUUCCUCUUGUUUAUCGGCCUGCACUGCAUGUCACCCCCCCACUCACUCAGGCGUGUGGUGUUUUCUUCUAUUGGGGGCUACUGGCGUACCGUCGACAUGGGCAGCGACACCCACCCCUCGCCCCUGCCCGCUGACGGGUCGGUGGGGCCUUACGGCAGCGGUGUGUACGUGGUCGCCUUAGAGUACAAGGGAUCGACGCCAACACCGAUGCACUCAGGUGGGACGAUGGAGCCAGGUACAGCGCACCACAUCAUGUGGACGCAUCCAUGCCAUCUGUCUGUCUGUCUGUCUGGUUCAUUGCAGGCUUGUGGUUGAGUGUGCGGCCCCCUCGUCGUUCGUUGUGGCGGCGGCUGACAGGGGCAGCAGCCCUCGAGGGGCCUCAGCUCGUCGCCACGCGCAAGCGGCUCCCAUCGUACAACGAGACCUUCCUGCUGGAACUGCAUAGGGACGGCACUGGUAUGUGCCACACACCUGCACACACACACACAAACACACAGCACAGGGGGGCGAGAGUGGUUCUCCCUUCUGUUCUGUGUCCAGUUCGCAUUCGGCACCGCGGCACGAGGGUGUUGGUGUGCCGUGGCGGGCUGACUUCUGUUGUCCAGGGGCCGCCGGAUGCUGCCGGCCCUGUGUGUACCAAUGUGGAUAGCGACUCUGCAGCUGAUGUCCUCUCACCACAUCUGCACUCACUGGACCUCACUCGCGAGCCCUCGUUGCAGGGGAUCGACCCCACCCACACUCAUACGAACAGCAGAUUCCAGGUGUGUCAGCACACAGGCAGGGCCGCACGACUCGACUGCCUUCAUGAAUAUCCCUUCAAACAUCACAGCGGUUUUCUGUCUGUCUGUCGACUGUGUGCAGCUGAUCGCAGCCAAGGACCACCUGCUGGCCGGCGCGACUCGCCUGCUCAACCUGCUCCCCUCGACGCCCCCAUCCCGCCGCUCGCCCACCCUUCCCGGCCCCUCCGUCUCGAGCACAUCCGCACAGACGGGCACCACCACAACCGUCCCCACCCAAACACAGCAGCCGUCUUUAUCGUGCGACAGGUGGUAUGCCUUCGGGCAUCUCAACAUGCUGGCUGCUGUGCGGUGGGCGGGAAAGGUGCGCGAGAGGGAGGAUGAGGAAGACACAGAGAGGGAGGCACACACGUGCACGACAGGCAGCGAUGAGAUGGAGUGGUGCGCUGUCCACUUUGGAGAUGUCGCUUAUCGUUAGACAGACAGAUGGACAGAAUGGAAGCCCACUACUGCCUAGCCAGGGUUUUUCUUGUGUGUGAUUUAUGGAUGCGUGCGUGCGUGAUAUCGAUGCGGGCAAGGGGCUGACAGACAGACAGACAGACAG